AUGCAGGUUAUUGUGCAGCUACUCCGUAGCGUAAACUCGUGGCGAAAAUCGAAUUGCAACCGUUCGCCCAAAUGUGACCCUCCCCUCGCCCUCGCUUUCCUUUCCCACGCUUCCGCUCUCUUUUGCCCGCGUCGUCGCCAUCGCUUCCGCAGCUCGUCGCGUGCCUGUCGCCUUCGCUUCGCCCGUCGCCUUCACUUCCCCCCCGUCGCCUUCACUCCCCCCCCUCCCCCCCCUCUUCCGUUGCCUUCAUGUCCCCCUCCCGUCGCCUUCAAUUCCCCCUCUCGUCGCCUUCACUUCCCCCUCCCGUCGCCUUCAUUUCCUUCAUUUCCCCCUCCCGUCGCCUUCAUUUCCCCCUCCCGUCACCUUCACUUCCCUCUCUCGUCGCCUUCACUUCCCCUCCCGUCGCCUUCAUUUCCCCCUCCCGUCGCCUUCAUUUCCCCCUCCCGUCGCCUUCACUUCCCCCUCCCGUCGCCUUCACUUCUCCCCCCCAAUGCCUUCGAUUCCCCCUCCCGUCGCCUUCCACGCCUGCCGCACUCGCUUCCCCCCCGUCACACUCGCUUCCCCACCCGUCACCUUCACUUCCCCUCCCAUUGCCUUUCACACUCUCCUACUCACUCCCCUGCUCACUCUCUUCCCCGCUGCUCACUCGCUUCCCCCCUCCUCAAUCUCUUUCCCCCUGCUCAAUCUCUUCCCCCCUGCUCACUCGCUUCCCCCCUCCUCAAUCUCUUUCCCCCUGCUCACUCUCUUCCCCCCUGCUCACUCGCUUCCCCCCUCCUCAUUCUCUUUCCCUCUGCUCACUCCCCUUAUUCUAACCCCACUUUCCCCAUUUCUCACCCAUUUUCCCCCUUCACGCUCUCCUACCCCCUCUGCUCGCCCCUGUUUUCCCUACUCACUCCUAUACUCACUCUCUCCCCCCCUGCUCACUCUCUUCCCCCCCUGCUCACUCUCUUUCCCCUUGCUCACUCUCUUUCCCCCUUGACGCUCUCUUUCCCUCCCUUCCGCCUGUUGCCCCCCUUCGUCACGCGCUCGUCCCCUCGCAAUCCCUGUCUCUCUCUCCCCCCGUCGCCCUCGUUUUCCCCGUCGCCCUCCCUUCCACUCCUCGUUGCCCUCGCCAUCCCUCCCUUCUCCCUUCCCAUCUCGCACACUUGUCACGCCCCCUUUCCAACCCGCACAUACACCCUUCCCUUCUUCCCUGUUUCCUCGUAUCCCCUGUGCUGCUUCCCCCCAUCCUCCAACUUGCUCCCCCCAUCCCCUUCCCUGCUUCCCCCCGUCCCCUCCCUUGCCUCUGCCCAUCCCCUUCCCUGCUUCCCCCCAACCCCUUCCCUGCUCCCCCCCAUCCCCUUCCCUGCUUUCCCCCUUCCCCUUCCCUGCUUCCCCCCGUCCCCUUCCCUCCUUCCCCCAUCCCCCUCCCAGCAUCCCCCCAUCCGCUUCCCUGCUCCCCCCCAUCCCCUUCCCUGCUCCCCCCCAUCCCCUUCUCUGCUUCCCCCCAUCUCCUUCCCUGCUUCCCCCUAUCGCCUUCCCUGCUCACCCUUUCUCCCUCUAUUUCACCCUUGCUCCUUCCCCUUCUUCUCUGCUCACUCUCUUCCCCCUUGCUCACUCUCUUUACUUCUGCUCACUCUGUUCCCCCCUGCUUCCUCUCUUCCCCUCUGUUCAAUCUGUCCCCCGCUGCUUCUUCUCUUCCCCUCUGCUCAUUCCGUUUACUGUCUUUCCCCCUUCACUCACCCCCAUACCCCCCAAUGCAGUUACAGAAGCGAUGGUGAAGAGGGGGAACGUGAUGGGCAGGGGAGUGAUGACGACGUGGAGAGAGGAGGAGAGAAGGGAGGUCGGCGGGAAGGCUAA